CCCCCCCCAAUACUAAUCGCUCUCCUCCUUCCCUGGAUCCAUUAAUGUCCGAGGGCUCCUGCGAGGAGGAGAAAGAGAGGAACCAACUCCAGGGCGCAGCCAAGGGGGAUAGAUUUCCCGCUGCCUGCUCGGCUGAGGCUACUGCUAGCUGCUGUGUUUGUUGCUUGUUCGCACCAGGGCAGCAGAUCCUGGCUGUGUCUGGGCGGAUUCGCCGCCUGGAGCAAAGCAGGCGGACUCCAGCGUGCACGGCUCCCCGGCCCCGAUGAGCAGCUCCGCCAAGCCAUGACUCUGAGCUCGGAGAUGUCCGAUGCCUCGGGACUGGCUGAAGAGACCGACAUCGAUGUGGUGGGCGAGGAGGAAGACGAGGAGCCCCGGCGCGGCGGGCGCCCCUAUGCCCAGGAGGAGGAAGAGGAGGAGGAGGAGGACGACGAGGAGGUGGGGGAGCUCCCCGAUGACAUCUCGCUGCCCAGGUCCCCGGCGUGCGGCGGCGCGGGCAGCUCCCCCACCUCCUCCCAGCGCCCCUACAAGGCGGCGGCGGGCGGCGGCGGGGCCAGCAAGAACAGCCUGGUGAAGCCGCCCUACUCCUACAUCGCGCUCAUCACCAUGGCCAUCCUGCAGAGCCCCAAGAAGCGCCUGACGCUCAGCGAGAUCUGCGAGUUCAUCAGCGGCCGCUUCCCCUACUACCGGGAGAAGUUCCCCGCCUGGCAGAACAGCAUCCGCCACAACCUCUCGCUCAACGACUGCUUCGUCAAGAUCCCCCGCGAGCCCGGCAACCCGGGCAAGGGCAACUACUGGACCCUGGACCCGGAGUCCGCCGACAUGUUCGACAACGGCAGCUUCCUGCGCCGGAGGAAGCGCUUCAAGCGGCAGCAGCUGCCGGCGCCCGAGCUGCUGCUGCGCGGGGUGGAUCCCGGCACCUUCCUGCAGCAGCCGCCGCCGCCGCAGCAGCCGGCGCCCUACGGCUACGGACCGUACAGCUGUGGAUAUGGCAUUCAGCUCCAGCCUUACCACCCCCACUCCGCCGCCCUCUUUGCCUUUCACCACCACUCUCCGGCGGCCCGGCAGCCGCCCCCGGGCGCCGCCGGCCCGGUCCUGCCUCCUGCUGUUGCUCCGGCAGCUCCUCCAGCUUCCUUACUGCCAGCGGCGGAGCUGGCCAGGACCUUCAGCUACCCGCCGCAGCUUAGCCCGUCCCUGACUUCUCUGCACGCUGCCAAAUCCAGCAGCUCGGCUCUGGCCCGGUCUCCCUUCUCCAUUGAGAGCAUCAUCGGGGGGGUUGGCAGCAGCUGUGCCUCCCAGUCUGCCGUGGUUCCAGUCUUAGCCAGAUCUCUGGUUUCCUCUUCCUCCGUUUCUUCUGCCGCCGCGGCCUUAGGGGCACUGCACCAAGGGACAUCCUUGUCUAAUGUCGAGAACUUUACUGCUAGGAUUUCAAACUGUUAA